AUGAAGUUCUCCACCGUUGCCGCCCUGGCGGCGGCCAUCCCCGCUGUGACUGCCCGCUUCACGGAGCCGGACGAGGUCAACCAUGUUAUGCUCUACCCUGAAGCCACCGAGGCGGAGACCUAUCUCAUCGAGCUGAGCCCGGGCAAGACCAAGCGAGUAACGGAGGAAGAGAAGUGGGAGUUGCGCCGAAGUGGACAACGUUUCAUGGACAUUUCCGAUACCCAAGACCUCGGCGCACGCAACCUCCGUGCUCGAUCCACGGUCCAAUUCCCCAAGAAGACGAAAAAGCAGGCUUCCGUCACUCCCCUCCUCAAGCACCUCUCCAAGGACGAGAUGAAGGGCAACCUCGAGAAGCUCACGAGCUUCCAUACACGAUACUACAAGUCCGAUUACGGUCGACAGUCGUCGGAGUGGCUCUUCUCGCGCAUCAAGGACAUCAUUUCCGAGGCUGGUGCCGACGAGACUGUCUCCGCUCACACGUUCAAGCACUCGUGGCCUCAGACGUCUGCCAUCGUCACGAUCCCCGGCCAGACCAACAGCACCAUCGUCAUUGGCGCGCAUCAGGACAGUUUGAACCUUUGGCUUCCUAGCGUUCUUCCGGCCCCGGGCGCUGACGACGACGGAAGCGGAACGGUUACUAUCCUCGAGGUUCUGAGGACGCUUCUCAAGGACAAGGAUGUCGUAGCUGGCAAGGCGCAGAAUACCAUUGAGUUCCACUGGUACAGCGCUGAGGAAGGCGGUCUGCUUGGUAGCCAGGCUAUCUUCUCCGAGUAUGAGAAGGAGGGCAGGGACGUCAAGGCCAUGCUUCAGCAAGACAUGACGGGCUACGUCCAGAAGACGAUUGACGCCGGCCAGCCGGAGAGUGUCGGUGUCAUCACCGAUUAUGUCGAUCCUGGUCUUACCAAGUUCAUUAAGACUGUUAUUGAGGAGUACUGUGAAAUUGGCUACGUCGAGACUAAGUGCGGCUACGCCUGCUCCGACCACGCGUCGGCCUCCAAGGCCGGCUAUCCCUCUGCCUUUGUCAUCGAGUCUUCGUUUGACCUCUCGAGCCCCCACAUUCACUCGACGGCCGAUGUCAUCAGCACGCUAUCGUUCGACCACAUGCUCCAACAUGCUCGCAUGACGCUUGGUCUCGUCUACGAGUUGGGCUUCAACGAUUUUGGCUCCUCGGGGAAGGUUGGCGAUGGCGAGCUUUGA